CUUCCGUCGCAGUUUCAUUUUCGCUUUUGAAGCGUAGUUCAAUGCCAAAUUGUUUAGUUUGUAGACUAGAUCUAGAUCUAGAAGAUCUGAUUGCUUGACUAAAUUUCUCACAGUGAUACGAUAGUUUUUAAAAUGAUGUGUUUGUGUACAAAAAUAAACAGAUUCCCUCAUAAUACCAAGUUGUUGGCAGCUUUCCACAACUAUCCACAAGUAGAAAAUCUAGGCCUAGAUCUAGAUGAUUUUCUUAGUCGGGAAAAUGGUGGUUUCAGUCUUUUUGUUGUAAAUUCGUCAGUUAAAAAAAAAUGUAAUGAAUUUUCAUCUAUGCCUUCCAAAAGCGACAAAAGACAAUUAGAUCUAGAGUCAAAUAUAUUAUAUUCAAAUAGAUCUAUGUCUACUGCAAAUAGAAUUAAUUAUAAAGCUCACUACUAUUAUUUGUUUAAAAAAAAUGAAUCACACUCAAAAAUUCAAGGACAAAGAUUAAGAAUAUUAUCAGAAAGUAUUAAAACUUUGAGUAGUAAAGAUGUGCAUCAACAAAUUAAAUUCGUUCUUCAUCCUGAUCCAUUUCAUGCGGGAAUUAUUAAUAGUACUGCCCAUAAUUAUAAUCAUUAUAUUUGUACCUCUGCCAAGAGUAUUUGGAAUUUCUCACAAUUUAAACAAGAUUCUCCUAAGAAGUUUCAAUUACCAAAAAUGCAUAGGAGAUUUAGUUCUAAAGCAAGUAAUGAUGAUUCUAAAACUGAAAUUCAAAAUUCAGCAAGCCACAAUAAAAGUUUAAAAGAUAGGACUGCCAAUUCUAGAAUCCAACUGCAAUCAGGUCCCUCUUUGUCUGAUUUCUUACAACAUCCUUAUAAGUCAACUUCCAUAGUACAGGAUGAAAAUGAUGAUACUUCAUAUUUUGAUACUGAAAUGUUUAAUGGCAACAACAGAUCAGUAUUUAUUGAAACCUAUGGAUGUCAAAUGAAUGUUAAUGACACAGAAAUAGCAUGGGGCAUAUUGCAGAAGAAUGGAUUUAGCAAAGCAUCGAAUAUAAAUGAGGCUGAUGCAGUUUUGGUUGUUACCUGUGCUAUAAGAGAAGGGGCUGAAGAAAAAAUUUGGAGCCGUCUUCGCUUUUUACGAAGUAUCAAAUUAAGGAGAAGCAAAGACCACCCUCUUAAAAUUGGAAUCUUAGGUUGCAUGGCUGAGCGCUUAAAGCAUAAAAUUCUUGAGAGGGAGAAAAUGGUAGAUAUUGUUUGUGGACCUGAUGCAUACAGAGAUUUGCCUAGACUGCUAGCAAUUUCAGAUGCAGCUGCAGUUAAUGUACAACUGUCAUUGGAAGAAACCUAUGCAGAUGUUAUUCCUGUUCGUCAUAAUCCUAAUAGUCCUUCAGCAUUUGUAUCAAUAAUGAGAGGCUGUGACAACAUGUGCACAUAUUGCAUUGUACCAUUUACUCGGGGACGUGAGAGAAGCAGGCCUUUCUCCUCCAUACUCAAUGAGAUACAAAUUUUAUCAGAUCAGGGGGUAAAGGAUGUGACUUUGCUGGGCCAGAAUGUGAAUAGUUACAGGGAUAUGUCUGUUGCUGCUGAUGAUGAAGACUCUGUGAUGCAACUUAGUGCUGGUUUUAAAACUGUCUAUAAACCAAAAUCUGGUGGCUACACAUUCUCGAAGUUAUUGAAAUCUGUAGCAGAAAUAAAUCCAGAAAUGAGAAUCAGAUUUACCUCCCCACAUCCAAAAGAUUUUCCAGAUAAUGUGCUGCAUACAAUACUUGCGUACCCUAAUGUUUGUAAACAAAUCCAUCUACCUGCACAAAGUGGCAACUCUGACAUUUUAGCAGCUAUGGGGAGAGGCUACACCAGAGAGGCGUACAUAGAUUUGGUGAACUACAUCAGGAAAAUUAUUCCAGAUGUUGCUCUCUCAAGUGAUUUCAUCUCUGGUUUCUGUGGGGAAACAGAGAAAGCUCAUGAAGAUACUCUCUCCUUAAUGGACAUUGUUAGAUACAACACAGCUUUCUGUUUCCCUUACAGCAUGAGACAGAAAACUAGAGCACACCACAGAUUGGAUGAUAAUGUUCCAAAAGAAGUAAAAAAUAGGCGCCACAUGGAACUUCAUGACCGGUAUCGUAUGCACGCAGAGGCAUUGCAUCUGUCUCAGGUUGGUCAGCAGCACCUAGUACUUGUAGAAGGGGAAAGUAAACGCUCACCUGAGUAUUUUGCUGGCCGUAAUGAUGCAAACACAAAGGUUAUAUUUCCUGAAGUACUAGAAGAUGGGUCAAAGGCAAAUUCAGGAGACUACAUUGUAGUAGAAAUUACUUCAGGAACUUCCCUCAGUCUUAAAGGCAAAUCUCUCUAUAAAACAACUUUACAAGACUUCUCACAGAACCAAGGUUCCUGUAAUAACAAGAAACAGAAGGAAACUACAGUCUAAACAUAAUCACGGCAAAUGUUUAGAAAGAUUAAAGUGUGAUCAUAUGUAA